UAGAAGAACAGAGCGAAGGGCCGACGUAAAAUGGAGAAAUUUUCGAAUUUGAAGGCCGCGAAAAGUUAGAAAAGCUUUGAAAAUGAGCAAAAGAGAGGCUAAGGAUCCAAACGCUGUGGUGUUGAUCCGCCGGCUGCUACAAAUCAUUGAUUUGGGAAUGAUUGAAGAUUUACAAAGUGCCGAACAGACGAUGAACGUGUCACGAAAUCUGGAAAUUGCUGGAGAUCUUGGCGUCAAGAAGGGCAAGAACUUCUUCUCGAAAUCGAGCGAAAAGAUCAACAAAAUCUUGCAUAAAUCAGGACCUUCGCCGAUUUUUAAUCAACCGUUGAGCGAGGCCAAUGUUCACAGAGUCUCCGUGCUUAUCGACUACCUAAAGAAACACGUAAACGCCGAAGGAAUUUUCCGUAUUUCUGGCAGCAAAAAACGACAGGAUGAACUCAAACAUCUACUCGACAAAGACAUGCAGAUCAACUUCGAGAAAGAUACUUUCACGGAGCACGAUGUUGCCUCGAUAUUGAAGUACUUCCUCGCGGAGUUACCUGAGCCCAUCAUCACCAGCGCUCAUGUGAGAGUGCAUAUGCAAGUUGCCGAUCUUGGUGACGAGGAGAAACAGAUCAAAGCAUUGCAGUUGUUAUUUCUCCUCAUUCCGCCCGCGAACCGACAUCUUCUCCAGCAGCUGCUGGAGUUACUUCAUGAGAUCGCGAACAUCAAGGAGAACAAAAUGAGCGCGUGCAGCCUCGCUCUCGUGUUCGCCCCAAGUGUCAUUCAAUACAAACACAAAUCCUCGUCUUGUCUGAGCGUAGUUCCUGAGGAUAUCACGACGUUCACAGGUGCAUUGGCCUUCAUGAUCGAGCACGUGAAACAUUUGUUUCUGAUACCGGACGACCUCCUGCAAGAAAUCGAGCUUCAGAAAUCGAAGAAUUUAGCUCAGGUAAUAAAACCUGCAACGCCGUCUUCCCGCAAGGAUGUCGACACAGCGGUAGUUCGUAAACCAUUCUGUGCACAAAUAGACGCCAGGUUAUACAGCACUGCAGGGAGUAAAAACACAGCAGAUGCGUUGGUCGAUCUCUACACUCAAAUGGCAGCCAUGGAAGACACGCCAAUGAAACGGCAAUUCCUUCAAAAGUUUGCACAGGUGUAUCCAGGAACACCGCCUUUCAAACCGAAGACAAAAAAGUCAACAGACGAAGAACGUAAAACGACCUUCACUGCUCCAAAAAGGCUCUCGCCUCGCUUGCGUAAUCCACUGCAGUCUGUAAAUCGGACUGAAACAGAAAGUCUUUGCGACAGCCCGACCGGAAAUUUCAGGCCAUUUAUCACCCCGGGCAAGGAGAGUUGUUUCCAGAGAAAGACGGGAGAUUUGUCACGAAGGGAUCUAGCCCAGACACCAUCAACGCCGUCUGGUAACUUCCAUCGUCGCUCACCAUCAACAGGCAGCUUUCGAAAUCCUUUCAAACGAAAGAGACGUACAAAAACUAUCGGCAGUUCCAGCGAAUCUUCGUGCGACGACCUCUCAAAACAAUUCACCCCCAAACCGAGGCGGACAUCGUCCAGUUCGGAACUGGAAAAACCUGUUUCCGUCCCUAUCCGAGCAGCUACGGCGAAGAAGGCGAAGAAAAACGCGCCAACAGUUAUGCCUGUUAUUAAGAAAAGCCUAACAGCUGGGGACAAUAUUAGAAAGCUAUAUUCCACACCAAUGAAUUCAAAACGGAUCAAGCCUUUUCCAGCAUCGGCUGCGAAGUGAAAUCCCAUUAGCAAAUUGUAAAAAAGUUGUAAAUAAAUGUAAUCGUUCUUUGGGUAUAUGAUUAUAUCAUAAAUUAAGCCUGGUUCUGCCUUGGUUAAGAACCAGACCCUAAUAUAUAUACACAUAUAAAUACUUCUUAAAAAAGGUUCUUUGUUUGAUAUUCCGAUAACUCUGUUCGAAUAGAUGUUAUUUGAUAUUGUUUGAAAUAAUAUUUAAAGGAAAAUGUGAAAAAAUAACUCAGUAUUAUA